AGUUCCCUCCAUAUUAUCUAACAGAGCGACAAAAGUCAACAAUUAUUUUAAUUAUUUUCUAUUAAUUGCAACUGAACUACACUGAACAGUUGAAAGGUUAAUAAAGAUUACCUCUAAAAAUACAAAAUACAAAAUGUGUUUUAACAGAAUGAAAGUAUGUUAAACUUUCCGCAUGGUCUGUUCAGAAUUUUCCGAGAGAGAGUGCUCCUCAGAGAGCGGCAAGGAGCCCAACUACGACGACAGCAGCUGCAAGACGUACUACAGCUGCAGCGACUUCUGGGGCAGCGUGGAGCAGUGCCCCAGCGGGCAUCAGUUCCAUUUUGAAAGCAAGAAGUGCAUAUCAGAGGACGAUGUGCUGUGCAUCUGGCAGCUUGACUCAUCUAGCGGGUCAUCAGGGUCGUCAGGGUCAUCAGGGUCAUCAGGGUCGUCCGGGAGAUCGUCUGGAUCGUCAGGUUCAUCCGGGUCUUCAGGAUCAUCUGGGUCUUCAGGAUCAUCCGGGUCUUCAGGAUCCUCGAGUUCUUCUAGUCCAUCGGAUUUCUCCGAGAGAGAGUGCUCCUCUGAGAGCGGUAAGGAGCCCAACCACGAUGACACCAGCUGCAAGACCUACUACAGCUGCAGCGACUUCUGGGGCAGCGUGGAGCAGUGCCAGAGUGGACAUCAGUUCCACUUCGAGCACAAGAAGUGCAUGCCCGAUGAAGAUGUCUUCUGCAAGUGGCAACUGUCCUACUUCAGCAGCUCCUCGGGUUCAUCCGGGUCAUCCCUUUCCCGACAUUCUCGGUCGUCUGGAUACUGGGAGUCGGACAGUGAUCAGCAUGGAGCUAAGUGUUCUCUUGAAUACGGCGAAGAACCCAACUACUACGACUACAGCUGCAAGAGCUACUACAGCUGCAGCGACUUCUGGGGCAACCUGGAGCACUGCCCGAGCGGCAAGCAGUUCCACUUUGAGCACAAGGAGUGUGUGGACGAGAGCGCUGUCUUCUGCAAGUGGCAGCUGGACUUCUACAAUGACUACGGCUCGUCCUCCUCUGUCUCUCUCUCCAGCAGCGGCAGUGACUACUCGGAGGAACACGUGUGUCAGAUCGCCUAUGGUUACGAGCCCAACUACGACGACCACGAGGAGUGCGCCACCUACUGGAGCUGCGAGGACUACGUGGGCAAGCUGUUCCACUGUAAGGGCAGCAAGCAGUUCAACUGGCAGUACAAGCAGUGUAUGAACGACGACGAUGUCUCGUGCUACGUGCAGAAGGAGAAAUACUUCGCCUACGGCACCUCCAGCUACAGUGGGGUCUCCUCCUCCUCCUUCUCCAGCUACGGCAGCGCCUCAUCGUUAUCGGAUGAAAAGAUCUGCAGCAUCAAGUUCGGGUUGGAGCCGAACUACUACGACGAGGGCUGUAAGAGCUUCUUCAUCUGCGACAACAAAAAGGGUUCGUUGCACGUGUGCCCACUGGACCUACAGUUCCACUGGGAGAAGCUCGAGUGUCUCAAGGAUGAGGAUGUUGCCUGCGAUGUACAAGUGCAGGGAUUCUGGGAGUGGUACACUGAGAACGAAAGUUCUGGCAGCAGCUCUGACAGCAGCUCUGACAGUUCCUCGCGCCGCUGACUUGAAAAUCAGAGAAAUUGAGAAAAGAUUUGCUGACCUGUCGACUGUAGACAUUUGAGGUGUGUGGGACAUUUUGUAGAAACGCCUCGCCACUCACUUCGUCACUGCUUUGCACUUGCAUGUGAAAUAUGGAGCGAUCUGAACUGGUGUGAUGUGUGAAACAAUUGUGCCGACCAUGAUACCUCUGUCUUUUCACGUGGGGAAGGGAACUGCGACUGUCUGUGUACAAGAGAAACUUCUACGAGACUCAGACGAUCAAAGGGACACCACUCUUUGUACUUAACUCUUGGUAUCGAGUUAUCUUCCUUUGAUCGCUGGACAGAAGAUUUAGUUUAUUUGUUUUGUUUUGUUGUUUUUGUUAAUUUGUCCCUCUCCUGUCACGAUUCUAGCCCCCAUUUUCUGUUACAUUUUAGUUAAGUUUCGAAUUGGAGUGGUCCCUUGAGUCUGUGAAUGAAUGAGAAUGCUUUUGUGAAGCCUGCUGGAUUAUAUGUUAACUGUCUGCGUGUGUGUUUGCGGUAUCUCAACCAUUACUGCAAUAAAUGACAAGUACACGUGCUCCCGUGGUCCAGAAAAUUGCCUCAAUUUAUUUAAGCCUUUAAUAAGAUAAUGCAUUUUAUAAGCUUGCGCCUUAGAGGGAAAUAAACUUGGAAAAUUAAAA